UUUAUCGGUAAAAAUUCGUGAAUUAUAAUAAAAACAGUCAACCGCAAUUUAAAAGCACCAUGUACACGUGCAUAUUUUCGUGUUUGGGUUCAUUUUCCCGGGACCGGAAGUAGCUGUCACCCGUCCACCGAUCAGCUGACUGGACAGAUCGAUCCGUCUGAGGAUCUAGCAGCGGGAAGGCUCCGGGGGAAGGCGUGUUCCUGCCGUGAUCGUGAGGACUCUGAGCCUGAAGGAGACGACCCCGCUGGACUGCGGUCUCCGGGAGAUGUGUCUGUGGGAUGUCAACGAUGGACGCUGCAUUGAGUUCACCAAGCUGGCCUGUGCCCACACUGGGAUUCAGUUUUAUCAGUUCACCAUUGGCACCGAGAAGGAGGGGCGUCUCCUUUGCAAUGGCCAUUACCCAGAAAUCCUUGUUGUGGACGCCACGAGCCUGGAGGUCCUUUACUCGCUAGUGUCCAAGAUCUGCCCUGACUGGAUUAGCUCCAUGAGCAUCAUCAGAUCUCAUCGUACACAAGAGGACACUGUGGUGGCUGUGUCGGUGACCGGAAUCUUGAAGGUGUGGAUCAUAACGGCUGAGGUCAGCAAGAUGCAGGACUUGGACCCUGUCUUUGAGGAGGAAUCCAAACCCAUCUACUGUCAGGGCUGUCAGAGCAUUUCCUUCUGCAGCUUCACUCAGAGCAGUCUGCUGGUCGUCUGCUCCAAAUACUGGAGGGUGUUUGAUGCAGGAGACUACUCGCUGCUCUGCUCAGUGGCCAGUGAAAGCGACCAGUCCUGGACCGGUGGAGAGUUUGUUGCAGCUGACAAAGUCAUCAUCUGGACCGAGGACGGCUGCAGCUACAUCUACAAGCUGCCCGCCAGCUGUCUGUCUGCCAGUGAACAUUUCCGCAGUGACAUUGGGAAAACCAAAGAAGGUUCAAUUCCUCCACUCAUCUACAAGAUCGCUGAGCGUGCAGACAAGCAGACGGAAGAAGAGGGAGGUGAGGAGGAGGUGGCGGUGGAGGUGAUAUGCCUCCCUGCCAGCGGGUACGACUUGGAGCUCUACACCCCAGAGCAGCUAUACCAACACCGGCCUCUAGAGGCUCCCCUCCUCAUCUGUCCCCCUGUCACGCGCUUCUUCUUUGGCCGCCGGGAGCCCUUCCACAAGCUCCUGAUCCAGGGGGAUUCAGCAGGCCGGCUGUCCCUGUGGAGCGUUCCCGACUCCACGCCCCGUCAGACAGCUGCCACCUGUGCAGAGCUGCAGGUGUCAUCCACCAUCAGCCUGCAGGAGGCGUUCGAUAAGCUGAAGCCCGUCUCUGCAGGCAUCAUCGACCAGCUCAGCGUCCUGCCGGGCAAAGAAGAACCCAUCAAGGUGACGGCCAGCGUGUACAUCCCCUCCCAGGGCCGGCUGGUGUGCGGCAGAGAAGACGGCAGCAUCAUCUUGGUUCCUGCCACUCAGACGGCCAUCGUGCAGCUGCUGCAGGGCGAGCACAUGCUGCGCAGAGGCUGGCCCCCCCACCGCACACUGCGAGGUCAUCGGAACAAGGUGACCUGCGUCCUCUACCCCUACCAGGUGUCGGCACGCUAUGACCAGCGCUCCCUGGUGUCUGGAGGGGUGGACUUCUCCGUCAUUGUGUGGGACAUUUUCACCGGAGAGAUGAAGCACAUCUUCUGUGUUCAUGGGGGGGAGAUCACGCAGCUCAUCGUGCCCCCCGAAAACUGCAGCACUCGGGUGCAGCACUGCGUCUGUUCAGUGGCCAGUGACCACUCGGUUGGGCUGCUCAGCCUCCGGGAGAGGAAGUGCAUCAUGCUGGCCUCGAGACACCUCUUUCCCAUCCAAGUCAUCAAGUGGCGUCCGGCUGACGACUACCUGGUGGUGGGAUGCUCUGAUGGUUCUGUCUAUGUCUGGCAGAUGGAUACAGGAGCGCUGGAUCGCUGCGUGAUGGGGAUAACCGCCGUGGAGAUCCUGAACGCCUGUGACGAGCUGGCUCCAGCCACCGUGGACGCUCUGAGCCACUCGGCAGUAAACUUGAAGCAAGCCAUGACGCGCCGCAGCCUGGCAGCCUUGAAGAACAUGGCCCAGCACAAGCUGCAGACGCUGGCCACCAACCUGCUGGCUGCUGACAAUGCAGAUAAGGAGUCCUUGCUGCGUCAGUUGUCCCUGGCAACUGGUAGGAAGCUGACUCUGUCAGACAUUGUGGGUAAGGGGGCGUACGGCUUGUCGAGGGCAGUGACCACGCAGCACCUCCUGUCUGUCAUCUCGCUGGCCAACACCCUGAUGGGGAUGACCAACGCCACAUUUGUUGGAGAGCAUAUGAAGAAAGCACCAGCAAGGCCUCCCAGACCAGGAGGAACCCCGGAGAGUCCUCGGAGGACGCCGGCCGCCCCCCCCCAGCCCUCCAACCCGGCGCUACAGGCCCAGAUCAAACAAGCUGCCAGCACCAGCACUGCUGCCACUGCUGGGGCUCUGGGGGCUCCUGGGGGCCUUUCUCAGGGGGCCCCUGGCUCCCCAAGCCCCCACCCAGCUUCUCAUAACAUCCCCUCAGUCAAUGAAGGAUGGAGCCAACUGGCUGCCAUGCACUGUGUGAUGCUUCCUGAUCUGCUUGGCCUGGACAAGUUCAGACCUCCUCUGCUUGAGAUGCUGGCGCGGCGGUGGCAGGACCGCUGUCUGGAGGUACGAGAAGCUGCACAAGCUCUUCUAUUGGCUGAGCUGAGGAGGGUUGGCCAGUCGGGACGCAAAGACACUAUUGACUUGUGGGCUCCUUACCUGCCUCAGUAUGUGGAUGCCGUCAGCUCUCCUGGGACCACUACAGAGCCCUCCCCUGCAGCUCCGCCCCCUGCUGAGGCUCAGCCAAUAGAAACCAAGGCUCCUGAAGAGGAAAUAGAUGUGACGGAUGAUGACAUCACUGCAGGCUGUCUGUCCAACCUCCCUCCAAACGCCAAGAAGAUCUCCAACUCGUACGAGGAGCGUCGCAAACAGGCCACUGCCAUCGUGCUCCUGGGGGUGAUCGGGGCGGAGUUCGGUGCCGAGAUCGAACCCCCGAAAGGUUCAGGAAGAGCUCGGCCCGGCGGACAGGCGCCUGAAGGCUUCGGGCCCACAAGCGGGGCGUCGUCAAACUACUCGCUGGCUAGACACACAUGUAAGGCGCUGACCUUCCUGCUGCUCCAGCCCCCCAGCCCCAAGCUACCUGCCCACAGCACCAUCCGCCGCACUGCCAUCGAUCUGAUUGGUCGAGGUUUCACCGUCUGGGAGCCGUACAUGGACGUGUCAGCGGUGCUCAUGGGACUGCUGGAGCUGUGCGCCGAUGCUGAGAAGCAGCUGGGGAACGUCUCUAUGGGCUUGCCCCUCAACCCCCCUGCAGAUUCAGCUCGCUCCGCCCGCCACGCCCUUUCCCUCAUAGCUACGGCCCGCCCCCCGGCCUUCAUCACCACCAUUGCAAGAGAGGUUCAUCGACACAACGCAGCUCAGGCAAACUCCCAGUCACAGCAAAAUGUUCACACCACCACUCUGGCCAGGGCCAAGGCAGAGAUACUGCGAGUGAUUGACAUCCUGAUCGAGAAGAUGCCUGGAGACGUGGUUGAUCUGCUGGUUGAAGUGAUGGACAUCAUCAUGUACUGCAUCGAGGGUUCUCUGGUGAAGAAGAAAGGACUGCAGGAGUGUUUCCCUGCUAUCUGCAAGUUCUACAUGGUGGGUUAUUGUGACCGCAGCCACCGCAUCGCCGUCGGAGCUCGCCAGGGUUCGGUGGCUCUCUACGACGUCCGCACUGGAAAGUGUCAGAACAUUCAUGGUCACAAAGGUCCGAUUACAGCCGUGUCAUUCGCCCCCGAUGGCCGUUACCUGGCGACCUACUCCAACGCUGACAGCCACAUCUCUUUCUGGCAGAUGAACACCAGUCUGCUGGGCCAAAUCGGCAUGCUGAACUCGGCUCCUCAGCUGCGUUGCAUCAAGACGUACCAGGUUCCUCCGGUGCAGCCCGCCUCCCCGGGAUCCCAGAACCACCUGAAGCUUGCCCGCCUCAUCUGGACCUCCAACCGCAACGUCAUCCUGAUGGCGCACGAUGGAAAGGAGCAUCGCUUCAUGGUGUAAAUGCUGGUGCCGUGUGACACUGGGACCGGUUCUGUUCUGGGUUUUGAGUGAAGUUAGUGCACUGAGGUCUAGAGAGUCUAACAGAGUUGGUGGAAUCGCAGCUCAGCUAGAGUGGAACACAUCCAGUCCAGGUUCUAGUUUGUGUCGCUUAAACUUUAUGUCCUGCUGUAACUUUGUGAAGAAACGUGCUCUGUACAUAUUUAUAGGCCGUGUUUACAUUAGGAUUCGUGUUUCUGCAUAUUUGAACAGAGGCGCCUCAUCAUUCCUAUUUAUUAGUUGAUUUUGGUUGGAGUCCCUGUUCUUCAGAGGUCAAUCUUUUGCUUUCUGAUGCAGUCAGUCUGACCUGAUGCGGGUCAGAAAAGGAGGGCGAACUAUGACACGCUCUCUGGAUUUGUGCUGUGAUUUUUGAUUCAAACCUGGGUUUUUAAGCUGAGCUUGCUGUGGGAGACGAGUGAAGCAGAACGCGCUCAUGUUCCACCACAGGAGUGGAGGGGCUGUCAGAGGCGGCGGCGGCGGGCCCCGACCCGUUCAUGCUUGCAACAUGCUUUCCUCAUUUCAUCGUGUUUGUGCCAGCACUCUGCUUUCUCUUUGUAGCACCUUCAAGGCUUCUCCAUUUUUGCUUCAUUCUGACCCGUGUGUUUGUGUGUGUGUUGUGUGUUGUGACUGUCAAACACACAUUGUCACUUAAGGCUGUUUCCUCUAGAAGCAUGAUCCCCGAAAAAGGCAGAAACAGCUGCACUCUUUAUUAUUAUUUUAUUCGUCAGCAUUAAAUCCAGGUGGAUUUUGGAUCAAGUUCAUCAGAUUUGUGUCCACAUCUGCAGAGACGUUCGUCUGAUGAGCUUGAUGGAGCUUCUGCGACGUUUUGUCUGUCAUGCUCUCUUAGAGUAACAGUCGGUGUAUCACCGCGCUGCCGCCGCCUCGGCUCUCCUUUGGUGUGUUUUGGCGCCUGCCUGGAUUCUACUUCAACUUUUUUUUUUUUUAUGAGUCAGUUUUCUUCAGUUUUUAAAAAAGUUUAAAUUAUUGAGGAUUGGGCCAAAAUAAUCAAGUGCAAGAUAGAGAAGCUACUGUAGAAUCAAGACAGAAUUGCAAUAUGAACAUCUGCUGCUAUGAUUGAUGAUAUGAUGAUUUCACUCUUAUUGUCCCCAGAUUUUUAUGCAGAGAAAAGAAUAUAGACAUAUAUAUAACACAUCUAGAAAUCUUCUAUUCACGGGAAGACUGUAUGUUAGACGGAGCGUCUCUCUUGGCGAGCGGCUGAUGUGUUUGAGACCUCCUUUUCUUCCAUCCCUCCAUCGCCUGUCAGUUUCAUUAGUGCUGUCAGAAAGCUUCUAACACCGUUACACACCUGUAAACCCGAGCGUGUCAAAGCUUUUCACAAGUCCUUCCUCCCCUCAGAGUGAGGGGGAAUCCAGCGUCUGGUCAGGGGGAUAUUUUCAAAAACACUCAAACAUGCCAAGUCCAGCUCAUCCUGACAGCUCUGAGAUCUUAAUCUUUCCUUUCCUCCGGCACUCUUAACAGUUUGAGAAAAUAUGUUUUUGGCAGCCUCUCUGGGGAGGAUGGGUGAGAAAAGUGGAGGAGGCAGGGAGGAAGAGCUGAACAGUAAGUAACAAGUGAGGAGAUCAGCUCAGUCAGCCAGAAAAAGAGGGUUUGUGGUGAAGCAGGAGAAGCUCUUUUGUUUUCUCCUUCCUGACGUGCUCCCAUCGCUCUCCUAUUUCUGCUCAUUCAGUUCUGAUUGUUAACAGGAAGUGACGUGUUUAAAGUGACUGAUGUCCUGCAUGAAUAUGAGCUUCCCUUCAUCCUGCUGUGCAUCACGUGAACAUGUGUUGUUAAAUGUAUUGCUGUUGUCCAAUAAAAGCAUUCCUGGGUUUUGUGUCAAA